AUGGAAACAGCAUCAGUACCGUCUCGAAUAGUUCUCAUGGGAACUUCAAAAAUAUCCUUGAAUGAAAGGUUUUCUCAAAUUCCGGUGCCUAAAUUACGACAUAGUGUUGUCCCAAUAAGAAGUUACAACAGUAUCGAACAGAGCUAUCGUGAACCGAUUUUAAAUCGGCGUCCAUUGUAUAUCGAUGAUGUCGAAUUGUCAAAUGAUUAUGAUGAAAUUGGAGAGGAUAACAUAGAGGCCGCGACGAAUUAUGUUGAACAAGUCCGCGUUAUACCAAAACGCAAGUUGGGAGUUUAUCCGAGCCCUCGUUUCGCUCGUAUUCCUGUUCGUAAUCGUAUCACUUUUCCGCAUUGGCGUAAUAGAUUUAACUAUGGUCUUGUGCGCAAGGUCAACGUUGAUAGGCCUCGUCCUUUCGGUUCAUUGCGAUAUGCUAGCAGAAACACGCGUUUUGCGCGUAAUGGUUUCAGCCGCACACUUUGGCGUCCGAAUACUGUUCUGCCACGGAAUCAUGCUUUUUAUGGUCGAGGUGGUCGUUUUUUUAGUGGCAGUUUAUCCAGUAGUAAUUCCAGCCGUACUAAGCGGUCAGUUGUAACAAGAGAGGAACUGGAUAAGGAACUCGAUGAAUACAUGAAAAAAGGAAAACAUCCACAGAUUGACGUUUCUGAUCUCAAAUAA